UCCAAGAAGGCCGACGGCUUGCAGAAGCGCGGCGGCGGCCGAGCCGGGACUCAUGCUGCCCGGGUGCUGAGCGCUUCUUCCCCGCGUGGGCUGCGUGCCUUCUUUCGGGCCGCCGCCGCCGCCCUUCCACUCGCCUGCAGCGCCGAUCUAUCUCCGCCCCUCGUUUUGGAGAGGGGGGUCGCACCGAGGCAGCCGGAUCGAAGAGGGAGCUGCCUGCAGGUGGGAGUGGGAGAGGUGGGACCAUGCCGCCCUCCAAGGAUGUUGUGAAAAUCGCGGUCCAGAUGAUGGGUGCCAUUCCCCAGCUCAUAGAACUCAACCAGGCCAAGCCGUUGUCUGCGGUUGUGAAAGAGGUUUGCGAUGCGUGGAACCUGAAUAAUUCAGACCGCUAUGCUUUGCAAUAUGUGGAUGGCCAGCAAGCGUACAUCACGGAGUCGAAUCGUGGCGAGAUUAAGAACGGAAGCAUCCUGCAACUGACCACUGCUCCGGAUCAAGAAGCGGCGAAGCUACACGGUGGAAUUCAAAGCAACAACGUGGACGUGAAGACCGACUCUCUAAAGAAGCUGGCCGGCCUCUCCCGGGAUGUCGCCUUUGCCCAGGAGUUCAUUAGCAGGAACGGACUCAACCAACUCUUCCUCAUUGUGGAAGAGGAUGAUAAUAUAGGGGAGGUUCUAGCAUAUGCUCUGAAGGCCUUCGUGGAGCUGAUGGAGCACGAUUUCGUUUCCUGGGAGACUCUCAGUCCGGCUUUCAUCAAGAAGAUUGUGAGCUAUGUCAACGUAAUCCCGAUGGACGCCUCCAUUCAGCAGAUUUCGUUGGCCAUUUUGGAGAACAUGGUGCCCACCAGCCGCACUCUCUUUGAGCUGGUCAAGCAACAAGUGACCCUGGAGCGCCUUAUUGUCCUUCUGCAAGUGAUGAAUCGGCAGCUGCAGCUCAAAGCCAUGGCUCUCCUGAUUGCUCUGCUCCUCAAUGCCAGCGAACCAGAGAGGAGGGACAUGAUGGACUAUCUGGGGGAGAAGAAUCUCAGGCAAUUUAUCCACAAGAACAUCGUCCACGCCUCAGAGCCCAUUGGAGACGAGAUGGCCCACUAUCUCUACGUGCUGCAAUCCCUCACGUUGAACCUACUGGAGCGUAGGAUGAGGAGCCCAAUGGACCCCUACUCACAGGAACAGAGAGAGCUCCUUCAGUCGCUGCGGCACGCGGCCUUUGUGUCCGAGAAUGAAUCCUCCACCGGCAGCUCGAAUACGGAGCGUCGACACUCCCUUUGCGCCAAGGAGUUCCGCAAGCUAGGCUUUGUGAAUAACAGCAACCCUGCAAUGGAUUUGCACCGUAUCCCUCCGGGACUGCUUGCUCUGGACAGCAUGGUCUAUUUUUCCAGGCACUUCCCAAGUGCCUACAGCAGGUUCAUUCUUGAGAACAGCAGCCGAGAAGAUAAACACGAGUGCCCGUUCGCCCGGAGUAGCAUCCAGCUGGCCUUCAUGCUCUGUGAGAUCCUUCACGUGGGGGAGCCUUGCUCCGAGACGGCCCAAGCCUUCUAUCCCAUGUUCUUCGGCCAAGAGCACUUUUUUGAGGAGCUCUUCUGCGUCUGCGUCCAGCUGUUGAACAAGACCUGGAAGGAGAUGCGUGCUACGCAGGAGGAUUUUGACAAGGUGAUGCAAGUGGUUCGGGAGCAGAUCACCAGAACCCUCAACUUAAAACCCACGUCUCUGGAGCUCUUCAAGAGCCGAGUGAACGCCCUGAACUACGGCGAGAUCCUGCGUCUCCGGCAGACGGAACGAAUGCAUCAGGAGGAGAUCCUGGCUGCUCCGGUUCUGGAAUUGAGAGAGCGGCUGAAACCUGAGCUUCUCCAGCUGAUCCAGCAGCAGCGACUCUUGCACCUCUGCGAAGGAACGCUUUUCCGCAAAAUUAGCAGCCGGCGCAGACAAGAUAAGCUCUGGUACUGCCGUCUUUCUCCCAACCAUAAAUUUCUGCACUACGGAGAUGUCGAUGAGGGCAUAGAAAGCCCACCCAUUGAGAACCUCCAGGAGAAAGUUCCUGUAGCUGACAUGAAAGCGCUGCUCGUUGGCCGGGAAUGCCCGCACACAAAGGAGAAGACCUCCGGCAAACAGAACAAGGAUCUCCUGGACCUUGCCUUUUCCAUUAGCUAUGACGUUGGGGAGCAUUUGAAUUUUAUCGCUCCCACACGGUACGAGUUCUGUUUGUGGACCGAUGGGUUGAAUGUCCUCCUGGGCCGAGAGAUGGUGAGUGAAUGGACGCAGAGCGACCUGGAUAUCUUGCUGUCUAUGGAGCUCAAGCUGCGAUUACUGGAUCUGGAGAACAUUCCCAUCCCAGAUGCCCCACCUGCCAUCCCAAAGCCCCCCAGCAAUUUAAACUUCUGUUACGAUUUCACCCACAUAGAACAGUAACACCUGCCUCUUUCUAGCAUGUGCUGCCAUUAAUCAGGAUUUGUGCGGGAUGUACACUGCUUCUCAGAUUCCCUGGCUCAGUUCGAAUGAUCUUCCGGACCAAACGAGGAACGUGCCGUGAGCUUCCUCCUCCCCCUUUGCGUGCACAUUCCCUCCUCAGUAUCCAGGUUUCUUCUAACCAGUGUUUACUGUGACAUCAACCUUGGGCAAACUAUGGUUAGCAUUAACAUGCAAACCCACUUUGUACCAUAGUUUCAAAUCAUUGUUUGGAGAUUAGCGCUUAUCACAGAUUGACUAAUUCAGACAUCACCACAAACCAAAUUGCGACGAAUCACACUUAAUGCAAAGUGGGGAGAGGACGGAGUGGGCUAGUUUGUGGCACGUUUUCAAUGCACCAAAUUGAGCCUUUAAAUGUGUUUUAUGAAAUUCUAAUUCUGAGUCCAGAAAAUCCAUUUUCUUUUAAUGGGCACUUGUGCAUAUAUUACUUACACACACACUUAAAUUGCUUUCUUCCAGCUGCACUGUUUGGGAUCUGUCAGAAUUUGAGAUGGUUUCCCCCAGUUCGUUUUGUCAGGGACCUGUGAAUGUUGGGGGUGGGUGGGUGGUCUCAAGGACAGAAACUGAACACUAUGAAGAGGGAAUAGAACUGAGCCACCCCCAGCUCUCGCUCGUCUCCCACUCUUCACCUCCUGGGCCCCCUUCCCAUAGCUGGUCCUCCCUUUCCUACUGUGGUUAGCCUGAACACUGCCGGUACUUGGUCUGCCUUUUGCUACAUUUUUGCUAGGCGGAAACUAGCACUUUACAAAACCGGCUCCCUUGCUCUGUGAGAACAACGGGGCCGUGUACGUCUAUUUCUGAUCUGACUAAGCCACACGAUGCUCUGUUCAAAACCGUAGCACAACUACCUUUCAGGAACCUUUUUCUUUUCUUUUCCAUGACUGCUGCGAGUGAAGCAGGGCAUGGAGGAAGAGAGAUUUCUGGUGAGCCGCUCUCUUCUAAGAAUUCUUCUCUUGGCAGGCUCUUAAACCAGUGACUUUUGAUCCUGCUUGGGGAAAAGUCUCUUUAAAUGCAUCCAAAGCUUUUUCUUUCUUUUUUUUUUUAAAAAAAACCUUUUCAGGGUAUGUUACUUGGUACUUAGUAGUUACGCCUUUGCGUUCUUUGCUUUUGAACCAUUGUCUAAAUUCUGCACUGAGGGAUCUGUAGUUGUCAUAAAUCAUGCCUAUUAAGCCCAUUUUAAAUAAUGUCUCUUACUUUUGCCAUUUUGACUAUGCUGUAUAUGUUUUUUUAUUCUGGUUUUGCUAGCGGGGUGGGGGUGGGGAGACAAAGAGCCGGGCAGGCACUGACCCCCCCCUACACACACACCCUGCCUAGGCACCGGACGUGUUAUUCUGUCCUCAACUUGCUGAGGUUGUACCAGACAUUCCCACAUACCUGGAAGCACGUCUUUGCCUUCAGAAGAAUGAGAAACCUGUUCUUCAUUAACGUCAAGGAAAGCUGACUCAGGAAACUGAAUGCUGCUCCUGGCAAUGUGUUUUGUAUGCGCCCUGCUUAAGAAAAAUCUGGCGUACACACACGGCCCCUGCGUGUAGCUGCUGGAAUAACUAAUAGUUGUCAGCAGAGGGCAACUUUUGGUAUUCUAGAGCAUGGGAGGGCAACUUUGGGACAUGUGGAGACCAUUUUUGUCCCCGUCCCCCCCCGUAGGCAGCAUACCCAUUUUUAAAAAAUAAAAAUCUAAGAGACCAGCAGUUUGCCAUUGAAUUUCAGCAGCGAGCUACUCCAUAGUGCUAUAAGGGUAACUUUUAGAUUGUUUGCAAGCUAAAUUUGACCCUUGCAGCACUUUUCGGCUGCAACAAAAUGACACCAUUUCCCCUUUAAAAUAAAUAAAUAAAUCUGCCAUGGCCAAAUUCAGCAACAGGGUGAGAUGGGGGGUCCCACAUGCAGCCCUGUGCUAGAAGGACCCUGGGGGUAAUGUCAGAAUGCCUUGAGAAGGAGGCGGCCUGGCCCACAAGGCCUGUUCCAGUGCUGUGCUUUCAUGACAUACAACUGACUGGAGCCUCCACUAAACUGGUCCUGCACCAGCUGCCUUCUUGUCAACGGGCCUGUAGAGGCGGAGCGGUGAUGGGUCAAGCCAGAAAGAGCUCAGGGGAUGUCCUCGUCGGCAGUUGCUUUCUUUGUCCUUCUCUGCUAGCUGAUUUGACGGUAAAUGUGAUUACGUGUUUUGUUUCUUUAUGUCAAUUUUGUAUGUAUCCUCUCCCCGCGGCGCCAUUUCCCCCUUCAGAAACACUGAGUCCAUUGCACUGGAGCGACCAUUUCCUCACACCUCUCUGUGUAUUAAUUUCUCUUGCAGCGCUGUAGCUGCCCACUGACUAAUAGGAAACCUUUGCCUCCCGUCAGGGGACGUCCGGGACCUCUUGGCUUCCUUCCUGCUCAGGUGCUUCUACUGUAACAUGGUCACUGUGGUACCUGCCUCUGGCAAAGAGGCCUGAAUAGUUAUAAUAAUUGUAAUAAAGGGAAUUAUCUUUA